AUCAUAUAGAAGUACUUCUAUACUAAAAUUUAACUAACUAAUUAAUAAUUUCAGCCGGUUAGAUUAGCUAUUAUCGCUAUUCCUCAUUAAUGCUUUAUAGGGCUAGUAAACAACAAUCUUACCUUAAAUCCAAUUCAAACUCGAUUUCAGUUGUUUUAAUCAAAUGUUCCAACCCAAUAAACUGAAUAGAUUGAUUAAUUUAUUUUGUUAACCAAGUUUUAGUUUGAAUAAACUUUCUCUGAUUUUUCUGUUUGUACUCGUCAUGGUAUUGUUUACUCAAUUAUUUUAUUUAUUUAUUACUUAGCAUCAUGUUACUAAAAUACCCUUUGACCUUUCCGGAUUGACUUUGACUUUUGGUCAAUGGGCUUUCUGCUGGACUUCUCGUCUUCCUUGGAGGGCCCAUGGGCUUUUUACCUUCAGAAUACUUAACUUCCCUGUCAUCUAUCUUCUUUGGCCAUCCUCCUUUUAAGGAGAAUAACUGCCCACCACCUUCCACUCUUCAAUCAUGCUUGGCUCUCCUUAUUUCAGGCUUGAUAACUGUCCAUUCUUCCCAUGACCAGUCCACCUCCCAUUACUCCCACUACUCCCAUGAUCUUCCACCUCUCCUCUCUGAAGUAACUUCCUCCUUCAACAUUAUAAAUAGGGACAACCAUCAGAGAGGAGGGGACAUCAAAAAAUAACCCUCUUAAGCAUCCUUGCUCAUACUCCACUUCAUUAGCCUACCAACACUCCAAUAAUAUCACCCACUGCAUCUUUUUGUAUUCAUUCUGUAAUCACUUACUCCAUAUUCUCAUAUCCACGUUCUAACUUGAGCGUCGGAGGGGUUUUCCGGGAGAUCACCCCCCGGACAAGGCUAAUGUGUUGAUUUGCAGGAAUUCAAGUCGCUUCCUUCCACGAGUCGCUGCUCUUGAUAACACUUCUGCUAAACGGUAUUUCAAGUGUAUCCCACUUCCUCGUUUCAUUACCGAAACAGUUUGGCGCCGUCUGUGGGGAGAGUACAAGAAGUCAUGGCUCCCAAGAAGAACCCGACUCAAACCGCCACCGUGCAUAGCACAGAUACAGACACUUCAGCGGGUCACGCUAAUAAUCAAGCCGUGACUUGCCGUGAUCUGGACAUGCUAGCGCGAAAUCUCACGGCCGCGUUCUCUGAACAACUCCGCGCCGUCAUAAACAAUACCCCUACUCAACAACGAGUACUGGAAGACAUGGCGAACCAAAUAAAGAACUUAGAGGAACGAAUCGAGCCCCGUCAAGAGAUACCAAAAUCUCAUGAAUCUCAAGAUGGGAACUCGAGGACUUCCCAUUCCAGUAGACGCAAUAAAAAUAGGCGGGAAAGGUCCAGAACUUACCCGCACCAUAGCAAGACAGAUACACGAGAUGGCGAAUCCAAAACCGCCACUCCAGAUGCCCGAACCUUCCUAGAGAGCAAAAAACGAAAGACGUCUGAGAGCGUCCAAUCCCUGGUAGAUAAAAGAAGGGAGGAAAGGAAGAAGGCGCAACUCGCGGGGUCUAGCCGUCCCCUCACUCCCACCUCCAUACCGCGGAAUGAGGCCGACAAGAAUGUCCUUCCUGAAGAGCCCAUAUCAUUAGUCUCUCCCCUGGCCAUGGAGAUACUGAAUACUCCCAAUCCCGGGAAAAUAAAGGUACCGAACAUGGCUGCUUUCGAUGGCACGUCAUGCCCGCAGGAGCACCUGACGGCAUAUAAGAAUCUUAUGUUGUUGUACACCACCAACUCAUCGUUAUGGUGUAAGUUCUUUCCAACUACUCUUACAGGAGUAGCUUUGACGUGGUACACCUCCCUUCCCGGAGGAAGCAUCCACAACUUUGCCCAACUAGAGGACAAGUUCUUGGGCCACUUUAUAGCCUCAAGAAGGCAGGAGAAAUCAAACUUCCACCUGCUUAGUGUCACUCAAUUGGAAGGAGAGUCCAUAUCCUCAUAUCUUAAGAAGUUCCAUGAGGCAGUCCUGGAAGUGACUGAUUUGGAGGAAUCGGUUGCGCUAAACGCCCUAAUCAACGGAAUGAAGGCCCAACGGCUGAAGUUCCAGUUGGUUGAAAGUCAAGUAAAGACGUACGCAGAGGCCAUGAAACAAUGCCAAAGUUAUGUCACGGCCUCAGAGAUAUGUCAAGCACAUGAUCCGAAAAGGCGAAAAUUUGAGAAAAAAGAUGUCGGGCCCUCCCAUCAAUCCUCACGAAACAGGGAGGAGCAUUCUUCGAGGAGAGAGAAGAAUUACAUGCCGCGUCGUCCUACACCGCCAUCUGAUAUGGGACCUCCACGAGCCCGACACGUGUAUGUUACAGAAGGAGAAACUAGGACGCGGAAUCUGGGAGAUGGAGGAAACGACCCCAUAUUCAAUCGAAACAGGAGGGACAUUUUCUUCGCUGUUCGAGAUCAAUUGCCAGCUCCACCUCCUGUUACCACCCCCUCUGAUAGGCGCAACUAUAAUCUGUGGUGUGAUUACCACAAAGAGCACGGCCAUACUCUGGCACAAUGCCGCGAACUAAAGCGCAUCUUGCAUCAGUUGGCUGACGAGGGAAAACUGUCCAGGAUCCUCAACAGGAGGGAUUAUGAUGUUGGAAGAGAAGGGGAAAGGAGGCCAUGGCAACAGAAACGCAGAUCCCCCAAGAGGAACGAAGCCAGACGCGAAAGUUCCGAUACUCAAGGAACUAUCAACAUGAUUUUUGGGGGAUACACUGAGGAAUAUCCCACUAUCCGCGCUGCAAAAAACAGCGUCCAUACUUUGCUGAAAGGACCUCCCAUGGCCGCAUCUAAGGGACCGGUCAUGAAGUUCGAUGCCACGACCUCCCAACCGCUGCAACAACCCCAUACCGACCCUCUGGUGGUCACUCUUAAAAUCGGGCAAAUGAAAGUCAGACGGGUGCUGGUAGAUACAGGAAGCACGGCUGAUCUUAUUACAAUGGAGUGCUUGAGAAAGAUGAAGUUCGAGGAAAAGCACUUACAACCCCUAGACAAACCACUGAUUGGGUUUGGAGGGAGUCAGGUCAUUCCGUUGGGCACGAUCAUUCUCCCCGUACGGGUAGGGGAGAGAAGUGAAAGCCGGACCAUGCCCAUACGGUUCACAGUGGUAGAUCUCAACUUCCCCUACAAUGCUAUCAUGGGGCUCCCACUCAUUAAUAAGAUCAAGGCAGCAAUCUUUCCCCAUCAACUCUUGCUGCAAUUCGAGACAGAUAAUGGACAAGUUGGCAUUCUCAAGGGAGACCAGGUGACGGCUCGCCAAUGCCUCGUCGACACCCUGAAGCGCGGGUCUUCCGAGACACCUGCAAAAAGAAAAAGGGAAGACAAUGUCCCAGCUGUCAUGAGCGUGUACAAGGAAAAUCCCAGCACGCAUGAAAGGCCUCGCCCCAUAGAACGAUACGAGGAAGUAGACAUGUUCGAGGGGAAACAAAUCAAGGUAGGGAAAGAUCUUCCUAGCACGGUCAAACAGGACAUAGUGGCCACCAUUGCUGAGUUCCGCGACGUCUUUGCUUUUUGCACGGAAGAAAUGCCUGGCAUCCCUACCAGUGUCGCGUGUCAUAAACUUGACAUCAAACCAGGCUAUAAACCCAUAAAACAAAAGCUACGACAUCAAGGAAGAGAGCGGACUGAGGCCGCCAAGGAGGAAGUCGAGAAGUUGUUGAGAGCCGGAUUUAUUAAAGAAUGCAAAUACUCUGAGUGGCUAUCCAACGUUGUCCUGGUGAAAAAACCGAAUGGCAAGUGGAGGAUGUGCGUCGACUUCACGGACCUGAAUAAGGCGUGCCCUAAAGACGAUUACCCACUUCCAAAGAUAGAUCAUCUGGUGGAUUCUACAGCAGGCCAUGCAUUAUUAAGCUUCAUGGAUGCCAAUGCCGGCUAUCAUCAGAUUCCGUUGGCAAUUGAAGACCAACCUCACACGGCCUUCAUUACCAGCAUGGGAGUCUAUUGCUACAAGGUUAUGCCCUUCGGAUUAAAAAACGCGGGGGCAACUUAUCAAAGGAUGGUCAACAAGGUCUUCCAAUCUCAGAUUGGACGGAAUUUAGAAGUAUAUGUAGAUGACAUGAUCACAAAAAGCAAACAAGCAAGUCAACACGCCGCAGACUUACGAGAGACGUUCCUUACCCUUCGAAAGCACCAAAUGAAACUCAAUCCUGACAAGUGUGUGUUUGGAGUUACCGGAGGAAAGUGCCUCGGCUUCCUGGUAGACGAGCGAGGCAUUGAAGCGAAUCCUGAUAAGAUCCGAGCUAUACAGAACAUGAGAUCCCCCACCUCAGUAAAAGAAGUACAAAAGCUCACGGGUUGCGUGGCUGCUCUUGGAAGAUUCCUUUCCAAGUCCGCGGAUAAAUGUUCACCCUUCUUUAAAACAAUAAAACAACAGAAGUUCGAGUGGACAGCAGAAGCAGAAGAGUCCUUCCGCCAACUUAAAGAGCACCUGUCCACCUUGCCAAAACUAGUUUCGCCCAUCAAAGGGGAGAAGCUAGUCCUAUAUGUCUCUGUCUCCGAAUAUUCGUUAUCCGGAGUACUGGUUGCGGAAAGGGAAAAGAAACAGCUUCCUAUAUACUAUGUAAGUCAUGCAUUCCGUGGCUCGGAGGGAAACUACGGUGAAGUCGAAAAAGUCAUAUUCGCAAUCGUCAUGGCAAGCAGGAAAUUGAAGCCCUACUUUCAAUCCCACCAGGUCAUCGUCCGGACUGAUCAACCUUUGAAAAAGAUUCUGGAAGGGAAAAACAAGUCAAGCCGCGUCACAGAUUGGGCAAACCAGCUAGCGGAUUUCGGCAUCGAAUAUGAGCCUCGAACAGCAAUCAAAGCCCAAGCUCUGGCUGACUUCAUUGCUGAAAGCACUCUCCCCUAUCAUCCUGAACCCAAUCAGGAAUGGAAGUUGUAUGUAGAUGGGUCCUCAACACAAUCAGCAAGUGGGGCUGGACUCCUCAUUGUGUCUUCCGCCGGGGUCCGUAUGGAAAGGGCGGUCAGGUUCGAGUUCGCAGCAUCCAACAACGAGGCCGAAUAUGAAGCAUUAUUGAUGGGACUGAGAAUUUGCUACGAAGCGGGAGCCAAAAAAUUGUCCGCCUUCUCUGACUCCCAAUUGAUUGUUGGACAAGUGAACGGGGAAUUCGAAGCUAAAGAUGAUAGCAUGAAAAUGUACCUGCAGCAAGUAAAGGAAUUUGUUCAAAAAUUCGACAAAUUCGCGUUGGAGCACAUUCCAAGAUCCCAGAAUGCCCAGGCUGAUUCCCUAGCGAAGCUUGCCAGCUCAGCAGAAACAUCCGCGGCUCGAGACAUAAUCUGGGAAGUGCUUCCUAACCCCAGCAUCAACUUCAUGGUCGAUACCAUCGACAGAUCAGAAACAUGGAUGGAGCCAUACAUCGAAUAUUUGCGGAAUCAGACGCUUCCCCAAGAUGAAAGUCAGGCCAAAAUGCUCCGGAAGAAAGCCAGAUGGUUCGAACUGCACGAAGGAACGCUCUACAAGAAGUCAUAUACACACCCCCUCCUGAAAUGCGUAUCCCCUGAAGAAGGAAACUAUAUCCUCCGUGAAAUACACGAAGGUGGAUGCGGUAUACACCAAGGAGUACGAACUGUCAUUGGGAAAGUCCUUAGAAGUGGAUAUUAUUGGCCCUCACUCCGAGAAGACGCGGAGUAUUUGAUCAAAAGAUGUCCUGAAUGUCGGUACCACUCAAAGACAGGAAGGAAGCCAUCUAAUUACUUGACCGCCAUGCAAGCCGUCCUGCCUUUCGACAAGUGGGGCAUGGACCUCCUUGGCCCCUUCCCUCCGGCAAAAGGGCAACGCAAAUUCAUCAUUGUGGCCAUUGAUUAUUUCACAAAAUAUGUAGAAGCGGAAGCCCUUAGCUCAAUCACGGACAAACAAGUCUGUCUGUUUAUAUGGCGGAAUAUCAUCACAAGGUACGGCAUCCCCCGGGUGAUCAUAACAGAUAAUGGAAGGCAGUUCGUCAGCAAGAACACCAUCGAGUACUGCGACAAGUUUAACAUCCAAAUCAGAUUCAGUUCAGUGUCCAGGCCGCAAACUAAUGGUCAAGUAGAGUCCGCGAACAAAGAGAUCCUGAAUGGCAUUAAGAAGAAGAUAGAGGGGGUCAAAGGUAAUUGGGAUGAAGAACUACCAGGCAUCUUAUGGGCAAGUCGAACAACCAUCAAAGACGCAACGGGGCAUACACCUUUCUCUUUAGUAUACGGAUCUGAAGCCGUGCUCCCAGUUGAAAUAGGCGUACCCUCUACAAGGGUCACCUACUACUCACACGACGAAAAUGAGGAAGGAAAAAGAGCAAACUUAGAUCUGCUGCCAGAGACAAGAGGAAACGCAAUGCUGAGAUCAAUAGCACAAAAACAAAAGAUGAUCCGUAGCUUCAAUCGCCACGUCAAAACCAGACGCAUUCAAAUUGGUGAUUUGGUACUCCGAAAAAUAGAAGCUACGGGAAAGAUUGUGGAGAAAGGAAAGUUAGGGGCCAACUGGGACGGACCUUUCAAAGUCACCCACGUCAUCAAACCAGGAACUUUCGAACUAGAAGACAUGAAAGGGAAAAAACUACCCCGACCAUGGAAUGGAGAUCAUUUGAAAAAAUUCUUCAUUUAAUAAAAUUUGCAAGGGGCAAUCGGUAAGCAUCAGCAUAAACAGCCUCAUCAGUGACAGACUCAUCAGUACCAAUCCGCGACUACAGUCAUUCCGCAACAUAGUUGCGUUGUAAUUCAAAAUUACUUCAAUCAUCGCUUGUAUCCUUAUCAAUCAUUAAUAAACAGGUUUUAUUUUCAGAUUAUCCGGCUCUUAUGUUCGCAAAUAUUGGGUAAAAUUCUUCUGCAAAUAUUUCGUUCCAUUAUCAAAUUAUUCUGUCACUAACGAACUUGUGAUACCUAUAAGUCGGACCCUUAGGAUAGGGUUCCAAGACCAAAAAUCACUUGAAGUAUUUGACAUCCGUUCGUAGCAUCGAUAAGUCGGACCCCCAGUUUGGGGUCCCUAGAGUUCAAAAUAUUCUAAGUUUCUCGCAAUGAUGUUUCCCAACCGGGACAUCGAUAAGUCGGACCCCUAGUUUGGGGUCCCUGAGUUCAAAAAAUCCCAAGUCUCCCACUAAGAUACCCCCCAACCGGGACAUCGACAAGUCGGACCCCCUUACUGGGGUCUAAGGCGGAAAAUAUUCUAAGUACAAAUCUCCUUGAUGUCGCCUGCGCGUGACAUCGACAAAUCACGCCCUCUGCUAAUACGAUUAAGCAAUAUUCCGCGGCCUCAGAUGAGAGAAGCCACGGCUCAACGAACAAAAGCAUGGAUACCACGAAUAAACUCCAUAAUCAGGAAUAUAUAUACAUCAAAAUAUUCAAAAUACAGAGUUGAAUGUUUGCAAAAAUCAAAUUACAAAAUUGCAAGACUAUACAUUCUCCAAAAAAGCCUCGACGUCUUGAUCCGGCGGCAGAGGAGACCCGAUCCUUCCCUCUUCAAGACUGGGGGUGAAGCUUACAUAAUCUUCAACGUUAAACGGCUCCACCCCGAUCUCGGACAGCUAUCGGGACAAGCCCUAGAGGUUCCUACCUUCGUCAAUAAUAAGAUUCGAUAGAUCAAGGCACAAAACCUCCAGGUUGGAGAGCGUCAAGUUUUCCGGGACAUCUGACGCCGGAGGAGAAGAGAGAGCCAGCUGAUCCAAGUCGAGACAUAAAGCCUCCCUCUCAGCCUCAGCAUCCAUCCUUUCGGACCAGGCUCUCUUUUCUUCCGCAUCCCAGACAGCGUCGACCAGUACCGCCGACUCCCCGUCCAAGACAGGAGCAAGGUUGGACAAGGCUUCACUCCCCUUCUGAUUAGCAGUUUGCUGAAGGGAGGUAAAAUCCAUGCCCAACUCUGCGGCAGCCAAACGAUACUUUUCGUCACUGAUCAGGGUUCCGGCUUUCACCAUCUCCGCCGUCAGAUCUCCAAGAAACUUCGACGCUUCCGGCUCAUCCGAAAGAAGCCAGUCUCGAGCUAUCCGGGCCUUCCUGGUUAAGCACAGUUUAUACACCUUAGCCGCGGAUAGGAUCAUCUUGAAGUGGGUAGAGUCAGUCGAUACUUGCUGCAUAAGUUGCUGGUUCUGAUGAACGAGCUUGGCAUGGGUAUCCAUCAGCAAGCCGACUUCAUGGCCGAGGCUCGCAGACCUGGUGGAAGCAGCAUCUAAGUUCUCGACGGUCUGGUCCAGCUGCUUCCUUGCCCUUUCCCGCCAUUGUUCGGUCUUGACCAAGCGUUCUUUCAGCUCAGAACACUUGGCCAGUUUCUCUUUUAGGCCCGGCAGGUCCUCCCGCAAUUUUGAUAAUUCGUCAUUCAGCUCCUCACAGCGGGAGGUAAGGGCGGCCAUGGUUUCCUGGUCUGCGGCACUUUGACGGUUUGCGUCGAGCUCAAAAGCCAAUCGUAUGAACGCCUGCAAAGGAACGGCUACUAAAGAAAUCCGGAAACCAAGUAAUCACACCACUAAGCAUAAAAAGUCAUUACCUCUGCCGCCGAAGCUUGUGCCUGACGCACCCUAUCACGGGGGGGCAUGGACUCUAGUAGGUCGACGUCCACCUUGCUGAUUAAGUUGGACGUCGCCCUGUUAAAACGAACAAUUAAGCCCUUAUGCCCCAACUCCGGAAAGGGUGUCUCGUGUCGAAAAGGGGAAACUUCACGACGACGAUAAACCUCAGCAAACUGCGAUGAGGGAGCCGCGGAAGACUCCCCCACCUUCUCCUUCCCCUUGUUUGAAGCUGGCCGUGGAGAGUCCAAAGGGGGCGACGCCUCCUCAUCCACCGACCUUAUGCGGAGAGGUACGGCCGUAGGGAUCGUACCCACAGAGGGCCUCUUGGCCGAGCUCUCCUUGUGGGAAGAAGAAUCCCGCUUCCUCUUUUUCUUCCCACUCUUUUUCACCCCCCUCGUCUGUGGAGGAAUCACCCUCUCAGAUUCAUCGGGGAUGUGAAUUUGUUUUCUCUCCUCGAGAAGUCGGAGAGCCUCUUGCUCUGAGGGCACGUCCUCCAGACCCUUCUCUACAGUCGCCGAGUCCUACAAAAGAAAAAGUUAGGAAGAAUCAACAGAAGUCUUUCAUAACGAAGAAUUUUGUGAAGUUAUACCUUCGGAGGAAGGGGAAGAGGCUUAUCCUCGGGUCGCUGGAUGGCCCCUUGAGCAAGUCUUAGAACGCUGAAUUUCUUCAUCAGCUCCGGAUUCUUCGCUCGAAGAUUCUCCUUGGCUAUCCCUGUAAAACCGCGAGUUAGAAACAGUUAAACAUGUCAUAGAAAAGAGAAGGAAGAAACCCGGCAACUCUUACUCCGAUCGAUAGCCAAGCUGAUGCCGAAUGCUGAGAGGAGGUUCUCGUUCUCCAACUCAGGAUGACCGGGUAUCCAAUUAAGUUGGACGUUCAUUGGUUUCCUUCCCAAUUGAACGUCCAUCUUUGCAUAUUCAAUGAUCACCGCGUCACUAAAAGAACACUGCGGGAUCCCAUUAUUAAAACCCGCGAGGUUGGGUUUAAUGUCAAAAGAGGUCUUGAUAUUCCAUCCCUCUGAGUUAUAUAAAAAUGCAAAUUUCGUCCUAUACCCCUUCUGGUUAUCGGGGAGGUCUUGGACUAUCUUCAGUCCUCGACGGUGUGUAAAAGUAAUCCAGCCACAGCCGUAUGAUUGCGAAUUACAUAGGCGGGCUCUGAAUAUAUAUCUAAAAGCUGUGAGUGUUGGUGGCACGGCCAAAAACUUUGCAUAAGAUCAAAAAGGCCACCAUACAACCCCAGGCGUUUGGGUAUAACUCGGGCACUGAAUUGUUCAAAAACUCUAACACCUCCCUAAAAAACGGGUGAAGAGGAAAUCUAAGCCCUAAUUCAAAAGAAGGAAAGUAUACAGCUAUACAAUGUGGGGGAGGAAACCUAACGGUGUCAUAAUUCCCCGGGGUAAUAAUGUUUAUAUUGUCCUUCAAACCCCAUUUUUGAGAGAUGGCCUCCCGACGGUUGUCUAGAUCUCUUUUGGUCUGUAAAUCAAUGAAGUAGUUUAGGGGCCCGCCGUUUGGAAUGUAGAACGGAGGAGAAACUGGCGCUGCACUCUCCCUUCCAGAAGACUCGGUUGAUCCUUCAAGGUUUUCCAUAUCUACAUACAAUAACCCUUCUAGGUCAGGAUUUAUUCGCGGCAAGUAAUUUGGAAAGAAAGCAAUGCUCACUUCCCAAGGAGCAGUUUUCAUAAUCUCCGGAGGGUAUAUAGGGGAUACAGACGACUCAUCCCCAGCUUUUAUUGGUUCAUAAUGGGGGGUAAUUCUCACCGAACUACUUUCAUUCGAGUCAUUCAUUGGUAACCCCUUUUUAUUAAGACGCCUACGUACUAUCAAAGGAGUUUCCGGCAAGUUAGUAGGGUUGGUGUCUGAGUUAGCUAUAGUCUCUUGAGUAGUCGCGACAUCCAUGUUAAUAAUAAAGUAGUAGUCGAAACUUGUAAAGAAUAGAGACUAAAUUCAUAAACAAAUUCAAAGUUCUAGGCUAACAUUCAAGAACAGUUUGAAGAAUAACUUGAAGAAAUUCGAAAAAUCUGGAAAAGUUUGAAUACCUUAAAAAGAAAUUUGAAGAUUUGUCAGAAACUUGAUGAAGAUCUGUCAGAAACCUUGAAGAUCUUCGAAGGAUUUGUCAGAAGUUUGAAGGAGGGAUGAAGAUUGUCCGAGCGUCUCUCUCUACUUUCUCUUUCUUGCAAUUUGAAGAUUUGAGGGAGUUAAUGAAGAUUAGGUGAAAUGGAACUAUUCCAACUACCCUAUUUAUUGCAGCAAUAAAUGCUUCACUUGGGACUUGAGCAUUCGAACGAAAGGGUGGAAUUCCGGAGGAAAGCUGGGAAGUCGAUAAGUCGGACUCCCAAUAAGGGGAAGACAGAUUUUUCUUAAGUGUUUAGUAAUGACCGUGAAGUCUAUUAGUCGGACCCUAGUUGAAAGGGUAAUGUUGCGAAAUUUUUCUAAGUGUUAAUUCUUGAAUAUAGCCGGAAGGUCGAAAAGUCGGACCCCCAAUUAGAGAGGAACGUCAUAAAUUUGUUUGAGUGUCAAAGCCAUCCAACCGGUGGGUCGACAAGUCAGACCCCCAGGGAGGGGUGGAGCAGAUAAUUAUUCAAGUCCUUUAGCACUCGAAUAUGUCCGGAGAGUCGAUAAGUCGGACCCUAAACUGAACCUCCAGGAAGGAAAAUCAUUUUAAGUAUAAAGAUUACGCAUUCAACCGUCCGACUUAUGGACACGGCGGAUGAAAUGUGAUGGAAGGAAAUAUGAAAAUAUCUCAAGGGCGAAGGAAAUCCGUGUGGUCAAUAAGUCGGACUCCUUGGUGCAUUCAGUCAUGAUGUAGAAAUUCUAAGUAUGAGAGAAGUCCCAUAUUUCUGUAUGAUUGAAGACACUGGUCUGCGAGCUGGUUCCCCGUCAUAAAAGAUGAGGAGUGAAAAGUAAAGUGGCUGAUUCCCAUAUUCAUCCGUGUGGUCGAUAAGUCGGACCCCCAAAUGGCCCUAGUCCAGGUGAAAAAUUCUAAGUAUAGAACCUCUCAUGUGUGUCCGUGGGAUCGAAGAUGCGAGUUAUGGGGCUCAUUCCGUAUCAUGCUAGAAUAAAGGGGGCUGCUUUGACGGAGUACUGAACAUUUUUAUUUUUCCACAAAUAUCAAGGAUAUCCGUGUGGUCGAUAAGUCGGACCCCCAGGUGGUCCUUCUCUUUCUCAAAAUAUUCUAAGUGUUGAAGAGGGAUUCUCGUGCUGAACUUGCGAGUGAAGACGCAAACUAUUAGUUCGCGGCAUAGUUCAACCAUAGGUGUAGAAAUAUCUUGAGGAGAAUGCUAUGCCGCGUCCUUACUAGGGAUUCGAUUCGUAAAUACCCUUGGCGCUACGCGGCAUUAGUUCAAAACAGACAGUUGAUUUAAUCCGCACAGUAGAUAAGUCGGACCCUCCUUUGGUGUUUUGUUGAAAACAUUUUAAGUGUGGGGAUUUCUGCGAUAUCAGUGAAGCAAGGGCCGAGACAUGAUGUCGCGGAAUCAAGAUCCCACAUUCACUACUUCGCUGUUGUGUUAUAACACGUCUGGGGCUAUUCCGCGGCAUACUUCAAGCCGCGGCUUCAUAUGCCUGUUUGACCCGGAUUCAAUACGUUCUUACCUGACAAGCUUAAAAAGGUCAUAUCUUUUUCAUUACAACUCGGAAUUCAGCACAUGAACUGUCGAUUCGAAGCUUGCAAGCUCAAUUUUCAUGAUCCAUGAGGAGAUUCGCCACCUGUUGGGCAUAUGUUUUACCUCAUGGGGCUUUCGAAUGUUCUCUACGAUCAUUAAAUCAAGCUCCGACGGGCACCUGUUUUUCCGCAUAAAGGAGGAUGUUUCCAGUCGUUGUGGCUCUCUUUUCACAUCAUCCUUCAUGCGUGGGGCUAAUUGUCAUGGUAUUGUUUACUCAAUUAUUUUAUUUAUUUAUUACUUAGCAUCAUGUUACUAAAAUACCCUUUGACCUUUCCGGAUUGACUUUGACUUUUGGUCAAUGGGCUUUCUGCUGGACUUCCCGUCUUCCUUGGAGGGCCCAUGGGCUUUUUACCUUCAGAAUACUUAACUUCCCUGUCAUCUAUCUUCUUUGGCCAUCCUCCUUUAAAGGAGAAUAACUGCCCACCACCUUCCACUCUUCAAUCAUGCUUGGCUCUCCUUGUUUCAGGCUUGAUAACUGUCCAUUCUUCCCAUGACCAGUCCACCUCCCAUUACUCCCACUACUCCCAUGAUCUUCCACCUCUCCUCUCUGAAGUAACUUCCUCCUUCAACAUUAUAAAUAGGGACAACCAUCAGAGAGGAGGGGACAUCAAAAAAUAACCCUCUUAAGCAUCCUUGCUCAUACUCCACUUCAUUAGCCUACCAACACUCCAAUAAUAUCACCCACUGCAUCUUUUUGUAUUCAUUCUGUAAUCACUUACUCCAUAUUCUCAUAUCCACGUUCUAACUUGAGCGUCGGAGGGGUUUUCCGGGAGAUCACCCCCCGGACAAGGCUAAUGUGUUGAUUUGCAGGAAUUCAAGUCGCUUCCUUCCACGAGUCGUUGCUCUUGAUAACGCUUCUGCUAAACGGUAUUUCAAGUGUAUCCCACUUCCUCGUUUCAUUACCGAAACAGUACUAUUUUGGCUUUUCUGCAUUUAAAAUUGAUUUUUAUUAUGAUUACUUUAAUCAUCUAAGAGGAUAUAUGGUUAAUAUUUUUAAGGAAAAAUUAUCAGGAAAUAACAAUUCUUGUGUGAGGCGGUUUUAUCUUAUAUUGUAUUGGGCUUAUUAGCCCAUAAGCAAAAUAAAAGAGAAAAAGCUGUUUUAUUAUAAAUCGUAUCUCGGCAGGAUAACCUCAAAUUAAGAACUUCAUAUACUAAUAAUUUAUAUUACUAAGGCUAUUUAGUCUAUGUAUAAAACGCGUCUUACAUUGAGAACGUCUCAUACAAGAAUUUGUUGUUCUUUAAUUCAUCCUCUCUUCCUCUCUCUUAUCCUCUUUUCUCAUCAAUUGUCUUCUUAAAUUGGAAUCACAAAUUUUUGGUUGAGACCGUUUAUUAUAUAGACGCCUAUGUUUGGGCCGCCCCAGUUUUUGAAUUUUUCUUUUUUAAAAAGAAAUGAGGUAACUGAUUAUUAUGAAAAUAUGCGCAUCCUGAAAAGUUAUAUCAUAACCUUUCAACUUCAACUUUCUCUCCACUCCUUAUUACUCUCUUUCGUAACAACUCUCAAUUUCAUCCCUCAAAAUUUCGGUUUCUUGUGUUACUCUUCCAAAUCUUCAUCCUUUAAUCUUCGAGUUUCUUCUUCAAGAUUAUUCACACUUGUGAUUUUUCUUUAUCUGGUCAAAUUUCUCAACCUCUGCGUUUCAUCUAAGGUAUGUGUUUCAAAAUUCUUUCAAUGGCUCCAUUUUCGCACGAAAAAGCUUCAUUUUUUGGUUAAUUUUUCGGUAUUUCUUGUACUGUUUUUAGGUUUUCAAACAACAUUUGCGUUUCAUCCAAGGUAUGUGUUUUAAAAUUCUUUCAAUGUUUCACCAUUUUCGUCUGAAAAAGCUUAGAUUUUUCGUUGAUUUUUCGCUAUUCUAUGUACUGUACUUAGGUUUUCAUAAUGGAAAAAAUCAGUGACGAUGAUGUGUUAGCUUAUGGUUUUUCUAAAAUGAACAAAAGGAUUCCUCCCAGGGAUCACAAUGUCACCAAUCAAGAGACAAAGACGACAGAAAAAGUCCCCAAAAAAAGGACUCCCAUGCCUUAGACUUCACCGGUUAAAAUAGAGAUGUAUGAAGUAAUUGUUGAUAAGAACAUAUAUACCAACUGCAAAUCCCAUUUAUUUCUAAUAAAUGGUAAAGAACAAGUGAAGCUAACUACUAAGCAAGUUGAUGACGUUAAUGAUAUUGGCUUUGGAGGCCUUCUUAGAAUGAAUCCUUUUAGGUUUUUCGCUGGUCUAAUUCCUUUUCUGGUUGCCCACUUUGAGCAGUAAGCCGCAUCCAGUGUCUGCCGAAUCAACCUAACUACAUUAUCACGACUGAUGACAUUUAUGACUUUUUUGGGUUGCCGUUGAACCCUUCUUAACGACUAAUUACUCGGUCUAAGAGAGCGGAGAAUGACAUUAAUACAUGGCUAGGGAAGGUUGGCUUCCCUAAGCCUGAGACCGUCAAGGCAAAGGAGGUUCUUGCUAUGUUUAACAGUUUCCCCGAAGGCGGGGAUGAUUUUGAUUAAUAAGAACAAGGCCAUACCUAAAGCACCAACCCUAAUAAGCGGGUCCGUGUAUAUCUAUUUGGCACAACCCAUUGUGUAAGUGAAAAUAUUUCUUGGUUUAUUACACUACAAAUAUUUAUCAUAAUAUAUUUUCUUAUAUACUACAUUAUAUUUGAGAUUUUCAUAGUAGUUAAUUGGAUUUGUAUUGUAUUAUUUUUAUAAUUAUAUCAUUGUUUUGAAUCAGUUUUGGUUGUGCAACCU